UUUUCUUAUUUGCUGUGUUAGACUCGAGUACAAGCAUCAACCAUGUCCUUUCCUGAAAUAAUUUCUAAGCUGCCACAGAUUGGGGUACGAGGUUUAUACAGGGGGUCAAUCCCUGCAAUUCUUGGACAGUUUUCAAGCCAUGGCUUGCGAACUGGGAUAUUUGAAGCGAGUAAAUUGGUGAUGAUAAAUGUUGCCCCGACACUACCAGAACUUCAGGUACAAUCCGUGGCAUCAUUCUGUAGCACGUUUUUGGGAACAGCUGUGCGGAUUCCCUGUGAGGUGUUAAAGCAGAGGUUACAGGCUGGUAUUUUUAACAAUGUCGGCGAGGCUUUGGUCGGUACUUGGGAGCAGGAUGGUGUUAAGGGUUUCUUUCGUGGAACUGGAGCUACCCUUUGUCGCGAGGUUCCGUUUUAUGUUGCUGGCAUGGGGCUUUAUGCUGAAUCUAAGAAGGGUGUGCAAAAACUGCUGGGACGGGAACUGGAGGCCUGGGAAACAAUUGCGGUUGGAGCUUUAUCCGGCGGCCUGGCGGCUGUUGUGACGACACCAUUUGAUGUCAUGAAAACUAGAAUGAUGACUGCGCAGGGUCGGUCGGUGCCGAUGACCAUGAUAGCUAUCUCUAUACUCCGGCGUGAGGGACCCCUUGGUUUGUUUAAAGGGGCUGUGCCAAGGUUCUUUUGGAUUGCUCCUCUUGGUGCGAUGAACUUUGCAGGUUAUGAGUUAGCAAGGAAGGCCAUGAAUAAAAAUGAGGAGGUUAAGACUGUCAGUUCAGAGUAAUGUUGUUUCAUACAGCAAGCAAACUAAAUCCUAGUCUUAACUGAAUUUUUGAGUUUCUAGCAGCAAUCAAUGAGUAAGGCCAUUGAUAAAUGCGGCUCUGAAAUACACAUUUUGUUUCAUUUGUUCAUUUUCUACUUUCUGAGUCUGCCAUUUGUAGCAGCAGAGUACAAAAAAUAUGUUCUACUUGCACACUAAAAAGGUUCAAUUUGUUCAUCUGA